AUGUCUGAGAAAUUCAAGACAGAGCCGGAAGAUCUCGAGGCUACAGUGUCUCACUCCAGCGGCUUCUCGCGCUUUGCCUCUCUCUUCGGCGGUACCAACGUCUGGGUCGGGCCUCGCAUCGCGCCGCUGCCCGCAUAUCUCAAGAACGACGUGUCUGAGGGCGAAGAGUCGAGCGAAGCAAUCCUCAACCGACAGCUCGCGUCAGAAGAUGGCACCUCGAUCCAAUACAGGACCUGCUCGUGGCAGAAGACGGCCGCGCUGCUCUUCAGCGAGUACAUUUGCCUGGCCAUUAUGAGUUUCCCCUGGUCGUACAGCGUGCUGGGCCUUGUCCCCGGCCUCAUCUUGACCGUCUUCGUUGCCGCCGUUGUGCUCUAUACAAGUCUCAUCCUGUGGGAGUUUUGUCUGCGCCAUCCAGAGGUGCGCGACGUGUGCGACAUUGGCCAGAUGCUCUUCUGGGGCAAGGAAUGGGCGUGGUGGGGAACCGCCAUCAUGUUCGUCCUCAACAACACGUUUAUCCAGGCCCUGCAUGUCCUGGUGGGCGCAAAGUACCUCAACACCAUGACGGCGAGCGAUCACGUCGGUGGGUGCCGCACCGUCGUCUUCAGCGUCGUCGUCACCGUCAUCUGCUUGAUCGCCUCGCUGCCUCGCACGUUUAGCAUGAUGUCCAAGCUCGGCACGGCGUCUGCCUUCUUCACCUUCAUCUCUGUGCUGCUGGCAACCAUCUUUCAGGCCAUCCAGAAAGAGCCUGCGGGCUUCAGUGCGGCCCUGGGCUCGCCAAUUGUCACCGCUCUUCCCGUCAAGGGAACCUCAUUCGUCAACGCCAUGGGCGCCUUUCUGAACAUCAGCUAUACUUUUAUCGGCCAGAUUACGCUCCCCAGUUUCAUUGCAGAGAUGCGAGAUCCUAGGGAAUUUCCCAAGUCGCUCUGGGCCUGCACCAUUGCCGAAAUCAUCGUCUUCUCCGUUGUUGGCGGAGUCAUCUACGCCUACACUGGCAACCAAUAUGUGACUGCUCCCGCUUUUGGAUCCCUGGAUGAUGUUUACAAGAAGGCGGCCUUCUCCUUCAUGAUUCCGACGCUGAUUUUCCUGGGAUGCCUGUAUGCUUCGGUGACGGCUCGCUUCGUCUUCUUCCGCGUCUUUCGCAACUCGGUGCACAUGAACAGCCACACUGUUGUGGGGUGGGCCAGCUGGUUCGGCAUCCUGCUCGUUACCUGGAUCUUUGCCUUCAUUAUUUCUCAAGUCAUUCCCUUCUUUAACUCUCUCUUGGCUGUCAUGUCAUCCCUCUUCGAUAGCUGGUUCGGCUUCAUUUUCUGGGGCGUUGCCUACCUGCGUAUGCGAAGCGUGGACGAAAAGGCUGGUCGAAAGCGAAACCGCAUCACCGCGGCGUUUUCAACGGGUGUCAACAUCUUCAUCAUCAUCAUGGGGGUGUUCUUCCUCUCUGCGGGCACGUACGCUAGCGUUCAGAGCAUCAUUGAUGCGUAUGACUCUGGGUCGGUAGGCGGCGUGUUUUCUUGCGCGAGCAACGGGCUAUAA